AGGAGGGGUGGGGUCUCCCAACAGGACUUCUGGGAAAAGGAUCCUGGGAAUUUUUGCCAGAAACUAAACUGAGAUUUCAACUCUGAAAAGUUGGGGUGGUUUGUGUUGUGUUAGGUCUGUGAUUGGCCUGUAGAAUCUACCAGGGAGGUGGAAAGCAAAAGUAAAAGAAACGGCUGGGGGAGAGAUAACGGAGGGCACCCUUCCCCACCCCCACCCCCAAUACACACACAAACCCAGGCCUGGAAGAGGCAUGCAACUAUACUCUGGGGAGGGCAAGGGUGGUGGCAACAGAUGCUGGACCCAGGAAUCUCUCUGCACCAAAUCUCCCUGCAAGGCCUCCAGGGACUAACUUACCAACAGCUGGACUUGAUCACCAGCUUGCAAACUGAGAUCAUGCAUCUGGUGGAAUAACAAGCGGAGUUUGCUCUCCGGCUGUACAAGACGAUGUUUUGAGAGGAUUUGUCACAGCAGCAGACAGCAGGACAAAAAGCAGGAGCUACCACCACUUGGGCCCUUGGUUCUUCCCUGAGAACUAACUACUGCAUAACAGAUUGCACCCCCGGAUGGUUUUUAGGACAAUGAUGGACCUAAGGGGAGCCUCUGCUUUCCUGGUUUUGUGGCUCACAGCUUUUCUCCUUCCACCACAGCGUGCCCAAGACCCAGCUAUGGUGCACUACAUCUACCAGCGCUUUCAAGUCCUGGAGCAAGGGCUGGAAAAGUGUACCCAAGCAACAAGGGCAUACAUUCAAGAAUUUCGAGAGUUCUCAGAAAACAUAUCUGUUAUGCUGGGAAGAUGUUUGACCCACACAAGGGAGUAUAAGAAUGCGGUAGAUAACUUGCAAAAGAGAGUCGAACGUGCCCAGCGGGAGGUUGACUACCUAGAGUACCUCCGGGGAUCUGACGUGUGCGUGGAAUCAGAGGACAAGAUCCUGGCAGAAAAACUAAUCCAAGAAGCUGAAGAAGAGAAGCAGAUCCGGACUCUCCUGAAUGCAAGUUGUGACAACAUGCUGAUGGGCAUAAAGUCUCUGAAAAUAGUGAAGAAAACUGUGGACACAGAUGGCUCUUGGAUGAAAGAUGGUGCCGGCAACUCUCCAAAGGUUUAUUUCUUAAUUGGAUCCAGAAACAACACUGUUUGGGAAUUUGCAAACAUGCGCACAUUCGUGGAGGGUAGCACGAAGCCAGUCCCCCGAAAGCUAAUCCUAACACUGUCCUGGCAGGGGACAGGCCAAGUGAUCUACAAUGGUUUCCUGUUUUUUCACAACCAAGGGACUGCCAAUGAGAUAAUCAAAUAUAAUCUGCAGAAGAGGGCUGUGGAAGAUCGAAUGUGGCUUCCAGGAGGGGCAGGCAGAUCGCUGGCGUAUCAGCAUUCCCCUUCAAUUUACAUUGACCUGGCUGUGGAUGAACAUGGGCUCUGGGCCAUCCACUCAGGGCCAGGCAUCCAAGGCCAUUUGGUCCUCACAAAAAUCGAGCCUGACUCACUGGGAGUGGAGCACUCAUGGGACACUCCCUGCAGAAGUCAGGAUGCUGAAGCCUCAUUUCUCUUGUGUGGGGUUCUCUACGUGGUCUACAGUUAUAGUGGCCAUGGGCCCCAUCACAUCACCUGUGUCUAUGAUCCGCUGCGCGCUGUCACUGAGGAGCAUCUGCCCAACUUGUUCUUCCCCAGGCGGCAGAGAAGUCACUCUAUGAUCCAUUAUAACCCCAGAGAUAAGCAGCUAUAUGCCUGGAAUGAUGGAAACCAGAUCAUUUACAAACUCCAGACAAAGAGAAAACUGCAUGUGCAGUAAAGCAUGAUGGCUAGGAGGGAGAGCACAGUGGCCUUGGUAGCUGCUCUCCAGGACACUAGGCCACAGCUCCUUCGCAAUAUAGCAUCCCACUAACCACAUACAGGAAUAGGGUCUGGAAGUGGGAUUGUCAUCCUUUCCCAGAUGUCACUGCUUUAGGUAUCUUCCAAGAGCUUAGAUAAGAGUCUGUCAUUCAGAAUUUUCCAACAACUUCCAUUAACCAUCUAAACCUCCUGGCUCUCAAACCCUUCCACAUUCUGAUCCUGCUUACUUCGAGCCUUUUCUUUUACUGCUCUCCAGCAUUAACUCUGAUCCCCCUGCCGCCCAGAGCAACCAGAAUUGUACACCACCCCCCAGAUACAAAACUAGCUUUUUUCUCCUUUGCUCAAGUUCUUAUCUCUUUCUCAAAUGCCUGUUGAUAUUUUUCCAUUUUUCAUUGCCCAAUUAAAGUACUAUUUCUUAUUGAUGUUUAAUCUCUGUUUCUCCAAACCCCGCCCCUCCACCGAACCAGGGUGAAGUAAUAAUAAAGAGUAAUAACAUUAACAUUUGAAUAGCACCCUCCAGUUACAAAUGUUUGCGUACAUGUUAUAUAACUUAAUUCUCAUCUCAUCCUUGUGAGAUAUGCAGAACAGGCCUUAUACUUGCCAUUUGAGAGAUGAGAGUUUAGGGAAGUCAUUCAAAGUAACACAGUGACAAAGUGAAACAAAGAGCUAGAAAAUACUGCAAAUCCCAUAGUCUUCCCAGUAUCCAGUGAAGCCUCAAACAUGUUUGUUCUCCCAAGCUUUUUUAAGCAAUAGGUUCAUUCAUCGUUUCAGCCUAAAAAUAAUGAUCUGCCCCUUUAGCCAGUUUUCAUGUCUGCACAAGACCUGCCUAUAGGUGGUUCAAAAGCUCCUUCUUCCAGAAGACCAACCUAAGGGAUAGGAUCCCACCUUCUAGCCUCAUCUUGCCUUGUAGUCCCCUUCUUGCUUUAAAUACGAUAAAACUGACACUAAGCAAAUAAACCUCAUCAGGUUAUGUUUGCCUAUAUACCCUCAGCAUAAAAGAUUUCAGAGAGUCCCACCUGUGUUUGGGUUUACCGUGUGCAAUCCCCAACACACUGAGGUCCUCGGUAAAUAUUCUGCAAUUGGAUAAAUGCCAGUUAG